ACGAGACAAAACGAAUCCAGACCGGCCGAGACGAGACAGAUAGACAGAGAGAUAGAUACAGAUAGAUAGAUAGAUAGAUAGAUAGAUAGAUAGGUAGAUAGAAAGAGAGUGAAAGAGUGAGACGGGUAAAGCAUAUUAAUACAAAUAAUAGUGACGAUCAAAUCAUGAGUGAAAUCAAGUAUUAUGUCAAAAGAAACCAAUAUACAACUGUUCGAAAGACUUGGCAGACUAGCCUUUUACUUUUAUCAGAUAAGCUACGUGACGCCUGCGCGAUAUGCCAUUUGAUACAUUCAUUCGCAUGCUUUAACAUACAAAGUGUAGCUCUCUAGAAUUUGGGGUGAUUUUAAAUGUACUCAGUAUAAUAAAGACAAUAUAAAAAAUUUCGAUUAUUACAAUAAAAAUGGAUAGAUCUGAAAGGUAUCGAGAAUCAUCUGUAUAUAAAACAUCGACAGUUUACAAUUUUCGUAAAAUUAGAGAUACGAUUCCAGCUCGUGUAAUACUAUAUAUGCUUUCUUUUUCUGGUUUUGUUGUAUCUUUUAUGAUGAGAAUGGAUAUAAAUAUUGCAAUGGUAUCAAUGGUAAAUUAUCAGCCGACUAAUGUUUCGAAUAACAAUAUUUCAAUAACUACAAUUUGUUAUUCUAAAUCCAAUACCAGUUCACAGAUAUUUGAAGAUAAUGAUUCGAAGACCGAAAAAGGAGAAUUUAAUUGGAGUCCGGCUAUUCAAUCUACAAUAAUUGGAUCGUUUUAUUGGUGCUACAUUCUUUCACAAGUUGUUGGUGGAGUACUUACUCAAUAUUUUGGUACAAAAACCGUUUUUGGUGGAUCGCAAUUCCUAACUGCCAUUUGCAGUUUACUAAUACCAACUGCUGCUGAAUGUCAUUAUGGUGCCAUAAUUGCCCUACGUAGUAUUCAAGGCAUCGCCAGUGGACUAACAUGGCCUGCUAUGUAUGCUAUGGUUGGACAUUGGAUUCCUGUCGUAGAAAGAUCUCGCUUCAUGUCUUCCUUUCAAGGGUUCAGCUUUGGUAUCGGAAUUACUUAUCCUCUGGCUGGCUUUCUCAUUGCUCACUUUGGAUGGCGAGUUGUCUUCUAUACUACUGGUAGCAUCGGAUUACUAUGGUGUAUCUUUUGGUACUUCUUUGCUUUUGAUUUCCCGGCAUCACACCCAAGGAUAUCCAUCCAGGAGUUACAGUAUAUACAGGGUAGUAUUGGGAAUGCCGCCACCGAUAUUAGCGAGGGAGUAUCAGUUCCAUGGAAAUCAAUUUUAACAUCAUGUCCUGCAUGGUCGAUAGGUAUCACAACUUUUGGUAGAAUUUGGGUUCACUAUGUUUUCAUUAUUGCUGGACCUAUGUAUAUAAAAACCGUUCUUGGUCUCAGUAUUCAAGCUAAUGGUGUCCUUUCCGGUGCACCAUUUAUCUGCAGUUAUUUUAGUUCGGUUAUCUUCUGUUACAUUGCCGAUUUAUUUGUUAGAAAGAAAAUACUUUCACUUACAAAUGUUCGAAAAAUAUUCACUGCAACAUCUCAAGUUAUUCCUGGACUUUUAGUUUUACUUAUUGGAUAUUUGGGAUGUAAUAUUGUAUUAGCUCUCACAGUGUGGUUUAUAGCUGUAACAUUAAUUACUUCUGCAUAUGCUGGAGCUAUGGCGAACAUUGUUGAUAUUGCCCCUAAUUUUGCAGGUCCUGUGCUAGCUUUUGCGCAAACUAUUCACAUGACAGCAAGUUUUUUAUCUCCGAUAGCAGCUGGCCUGCUCACCCAAGAGAGCCAAACACUAGAUGCUUGGAGAAAAGUAUUUGGUGUGACAACUUGUGUUGCUUGUGGCACUUACAUUGUCUACCAAAUUUUUGGUACAGCAGACAUCCAACCUUGGAAUUAUCCAGAUCAGAAAUAUCCACAGUCUGUUACCGACGACUCUCAACCACUCAAUGACUCACCGGCUCAUAAAGCAACAAUUAUUAUUAGGCGAUCAAGCAAUCAUUCUGUUGAUGUAUAAAAUGUCUAUAAUUUAUUUACCUGAACUAUUGGUAAUUACUGAGAUGAGUAAAACUGUCCUGUACUGCCAUUUAAUGCCUUUAUAUUGUGUUCUUCCAUAUCGCCAUUUAAUGAUACGAUUAUUAUAGAUCUAUUUUUCUUUGUUUAUAAUGAAAAGAUAAUGUAUUAUAAUUGUGUUUAAA